GGAACUCAGAAUGUUUGACUGGUCUCCUCGGUAACCAACCAACCUAAAGGCAGCAGUUAUGCUGAAUAGUUUGUGGAGCUUGUUAAAUUGAUUAGUAUAUACAUGGCAGAAAGGAAACAGAAGAAAGAUCUUUCAGACCUAAUAGAUGGAGUGGAAAAGGACCACAAAGCUGACAUUAAGCUUUAUAUCUCAGGUCAUCUCAAUCCUAGUAAGCUUUACAACCCCCCCAUAAAGGACCGCAUCUGGGCAAGUAGCAAAAAAUCAGCAUACAUCAUUCCAAAAAGAACCCAAUUUGCAACACCUGGAAUAUUCAAUGUGGUAACUGGAAUGACAAAGGUUACUUUGGCCAACUGCGUUGAUGAUGCCACAGCAGCUCCCAUCCGAGCCAGAUCUGCGGCUCAUUCGUAUCGUCAACCUCAAGUAUCCCAGGCCAGCUCUGGCACUCUAGUAAGUGUUUCUCUCAGUCGUCCUUCCUGGGAAAUGCAAAGAGAGAAAACAGCUAGGACAAUGGAUGAGGAAGCUGGUAUACUUCCGAAGCAGCUUAUCAGAGAAGAGUUAGAUGUUCCAGAGCUGAAAAUGUUGAAAUAUAAACCAACUAUGAACAGUCGGCUUUGUGUCACAGAGGGGACCAAAGAUGAAUACCAGUUCAUUCCAUCCUACUUGGCUGGUGUGACCAAAACAGAUCAGUUUCAUAGAUUCAUGCAAUUUCAGAAAAAAAUUAUUGUCAAGAAAGAUUUGCUAGAAAAUGAUUUCAUUGGGCGCAAAGCAGCAGAACAUCAUGAAAAGAAGCUGGCACAAGCACUCCGGAAUAUUUGUGAUUGCACUCGUCCCCACUUCAACCGCUUGCAAGCUAUUGGUGAUGUGUUUGAAGAUAUUUGUAACAGCUCUUUGAUCUUUGGUGACAUUCUGAAAGAAGUGAAGAAUGAAUAUGAGCUUUACAUAGUGAUCCUGCUGGAUUCUCUGCCUACACUGCAAUACAGGACCUUGCAGAAUGAAAUAAAAGGUAUGGAGAAGAGGGCAGUGAAGACUCAUGAUAUUGUGGAGGCCAGGCAUCAACUCCAGGAUCUUGUACAGAAGUCCAAAAAAGUCUUAGAAAGAAACAAAGAACUCAGAAAUGAGUUAGAAAUUGAACUGUGGGUGAGUCAGUCUGUCUCAGAAAAGUCAGAAUCAUCUAAACGUGAAGAAUCACCAAAAGAGGAGGCACCUCUUUCCAUCAGUGAGCACUUUGAAUCUCUGAGGGUACAAAUUCUCACCAAGUGGGAGGAGAUUCAACUAAUGGAAAAAGAAAUUAAAGACACUAUGUCUUCUGCUGGCAUUGCUAGCAUCAGAGAGAAAACUGUUAAAGAAUUACAGAAUGAAGCAGCGAAGCUUGAGGCAUCUAACAAGUUUCUAAGAAAGCAAAUAAAGGAAGUUGAACACAGUCUAAGAGAUUCAUUAAGGAAGCAGAAGUUCACUCCACAGAAUCAGGAGAGUUUUUGGGACAUGAUGAACAGUUUCUUGUCACUUCCAGCAAGUGAAGAAAGUACAGAAAGUGACGAAGGGUCAUAUGAACAGCUGAGUUCCUCUUCAACGUUAGAUGCUAUUUCCUUAUAGAAGCAUGAAAGCAAUGACAUCUCAGAAUCUGUGUCUUUUUAUGUUACUUGACAAAUGAGAAGUCUCAACUUUUUCUAAUGUAGAUCUGUAUCAUGGCUCUAGAAUGAUGUUCCCAUUUGCAAUGUUUAGCAGUGUUAAUGAGGGCUAGUAAUUUUGACUGGGAUUGUGCCAUUGUAUCAGCAAGUGAUUGAAAAGUUUAAUUACUUCUUUUUAUCUGAGAAUAAAAUUUCAGGUAGCCUGAAUAUGUUGCUUAUAGUAAAAUAUGAAUUGUUUCCUGUUUCAAACACAAUUAAACUCAUAGCAAUUUCACAAUGUCUUCAGUUAGAGCAGAUGCUUGAAUUUCAAAGUAUUUUCUUGAUAUAAAAGUACACAGAUUUAUUCCUGAAGAUGUCAUUAAAUGUCACAUUAAAACAGUAUUGGUAUUUCCUUUGUCUGCAUAAUUAAGACCUUACACUAAUGUCUAUUUCCAGUUUUCUAUUUUCUAUUUUCCAGACCUUCUAAUGUCUAUUUCCAGUUUUCUGCAGGAUCAGAACGAUGC